GUAAAUAUAAAAUCUAACCAGUGUCAUUUUCUGAUCACGCUUCUUAAAACCUCUCCACUAGAAACCCUCUGUUUUUUUGAGCUAGCAAUUUCUUGAUUCGCCGUCACCAUGGCAGGGCUGAGGCGACUAGGAUUAGUCGCCGCCGCAACACCGCCGCCAUAUCUUAGCAGCCUCCGGCGAAUCUUAACCAGCCGUGCCUACGGAUCGGCGGCAGCGAUCCAAUAUGAUUACGAAGAUUACUAUUCAGAAGCAGAAGAUGGCUAUGAUCAUCAAGACCGCCAUUCACGGCAUCCGGAGCCGUGUUUGGACUCGGCCGCUAAUUGGGGAAGAGGAGUGCAGUGGGUGUUAAUAGGAGACCCAGGAGUUAAAAAACAUGUUUAUGCAGAAGAACUAUCGAAGCUUCUAGAAGUUCCUCAUAUUUCUAUGGGCACGCUUCUUCGACAAGAGCUAAACCCUAGAUCUUCUCUUUAUAAACAGAUUGCAAAUGCUGUGAAUGAAGGAAAGUUAGUACCAGAGGAAGUGAUUUUUGGGUUGUUGUCCAAAAGGUUUGAAGAAGGUUAUUGUAGAGGUGAAAAAGGCUUCAUCUUGGAUGGUAUUCCUCGAACAAGGAUUCAAGCUGAAAUUCUUGAUCAAAUUGCUGAUAUUGAUCUAAUUGUAAAUUUUAAAUGUACUGAAGAGAACUUGGUGAAGAAGGAUCUUAUUACUGUUAAAAACUCUACAUCUUCUGUUACUGGUGCUGGAACCGCCUGGAAGGAGAAGUUCCGCAUAUAUGCAGAACAGGGUAAGGCAGUGGAAGAUUACUACAGGAAACAAAAAAAACUCAUCGACUUUCAAAUGGCAGCUGCACCUGGAGAAACCUGGCAAGGGUUGUUAGCUGCAUUGCACCUCAAACAUUUGGGUGCUAUUAGUUCUUCUCAGAAACUGGCUGUUUAACUUGGUUUACCAUUUGGACUGGUGACUGUCUUAGUAUAUUCAUGUUGAGGCAUUUUAGUAAAUAUGUAUAACAUGAGCAUAUGCAUGAGUUAUGGCGAUUGCUCUAGUCAAUUUUGAGAGUUUUAGGAUUUCACAUAGUGCAAUUUUGAGGCUAUAUGUCUGUGACGUAAUUUUGGCGAGAGAUAAAAAGCAAAGAAGACUGGCAUGGCAUGUAAGACUGUUAUGUAUGUUUCCAUCAAUAAGUGGCAUUCUCCGUUUUUGUUA